UCUACAGACCGGAUACUGUUGUACAGCCUGUGACAGAGGAUGAGUUUGCUUUGGAAUCUGAGACUAUUUCAAAACUAUACAUCCCAAAAAGAAAGAUUAUGUCUCUACGACCUAUAGAAGAUGUCCUUCCUCCUGUUGAAGAGUGUAUUGGCAGUUUUAGAAAGAUGGAGUGGCUCUAGUGAACACAGUGGAAGAGGAUGAGACUGAAAUGAGCUGUUGAACCCAAUGAAAGUGGAUAAGAAUGGAAUUUGCAGGGGACAGCCAAGUUUGAAGAUGUUGAUUGGAGAUUGCCAUGGAUCUCUGCAGAAGAGGUGUCUCUCCCUACUGAAUAGUGUUGCACAGCCUGUGACAAAGGAUAAGUUUCAUUUGGAAUCUGAGGAAGGAAAAGCACUACCAGCAACUGGACAAAAAGCAAAUGGCAUUGUGUCUCCUGAGCAACGGCCUUUAUUCACGCAUACGGUGAAAGACAGAGAUCACAUUUCAACUAGAUUCUUAGGAAGUAUGGAUUCACUAACUUCCAGCGAAGAAUCUUCUGAGCGACCUCCUUUAUCCACGCUUACUCUGAAAGAGGCAGAUCCUAGUUCAAAAGUAUCCAUGAGAAGGAAGGAUUCACCACCUCCAGGAAAAGUGUCUUCUCAGAAAGAACCAGCUGAGAAGGCUACAAGUGACGAGAAAGAUUCUGUUUCGAAUAUAGCCACAGAAAUAAAGGAUGGACAACAAUCUGGGACAGUGUCUUCUCAGAAAGAACCAGCUGAGAAGGCUACAAGUGAUGAGAAAGAUUCUGUUUUGAAUAUAGCCACAGAAAUAAAGGAUGGACAACAAUCUGGGACAGUGUCUCCUCAGAAACAAUCGGCCUGGAAGGUUAUACUUAAAAAGAAAGUUUCUCUUUUGAAUAUUGCCACAAGAAUAAUGGGUGGUUGGAAAUCUGGAACAGUGUCUUCUCGGAAACAACCAGCUGAGAAGGCUACAAGUGACAAGACAGAUUCUGUUUUGAAUAUAGCUACAGAAAUAAAGGAUGGACUACAAUGUGGGACAGUGUCUUCUCAGAAACAACCAGCCUUGAAGGGUAAAACUGAUGAGAAGGAUUCUGUUUCAAAUAUUGCCACAGAAAUAAAGGAUGGAGAAAAAUCUGGGAGAGUAUCUUCUCAGAAACCACCAGCCUUGAAGCCUACAACUGACGAGAAAGAUUCUGUUUUGAAUAUAGCCACACAAAUAAAGGAUGGAGAAAAAUAUGGGACAGUGUCUUCUCAGAAACCACCAGCCUUGAAGGCUACAAGUGACGAGAAAGAUUCUGUUUCAAAUAUAGCCAGAGAAAAAAAGGAUGCAGAAGAAACUAGGAUAGUAUCUUCUCACAAACCACCAGCCUUGAAGGCUGCAAGUGACGAGAAAGAUUCUGUUUCAAAUGUAGCCACACAAAAAAAGGAUGGAGAAAAAUCUGGGACAGUGUCUUCUCAGAAACAUCCAGCUGAGAAGGCUACCAGUGACGAGAAAGAUUCUGUUUCGAAUAUAGCCACAGAAAUAGAGGAUGGACAACAGUCUGGGACAGUGUCUUCUCAGAAACCACCAGCCUUGAAGGCUAUAAGUGACAAGAAAGUUUCUGUUUCAAAUGUAGCCACACAAAAAAAGGAUGGAGAAAAAUCUGGGACAGUGUCUUCUCAGAAACCACCAGCCUUGAAGGCUACAAGUGACGAGAAAGAUUCUGUUUCAAAUAUAGCCAGAGAAAAAAAGGAUGCAGAAGAAACUAGGACAGUAUCUUCUCAGAAACCACCAGCCUUGAAGGCUACAAGUGAUGAGAAAGUUUCUGUUUCGAAUGUAGCCACACAAAAAAAGGAUGGAGAAAAAUCUGGGACAGUGUCUUCUCAGAAAGAGCCAGCUGAGAAGGCUACCAGUGAUGAGAAUGAUUCUGUUUUGAAUAUAGCCACAGAGGUAGAGGAUGGACAACAAUCUGGGACAGUGUCUUCUCAGAAACCACCAGCCUUGAAGGCUACAAGUGAUGAGAAAGAUUCUGUUUCAAAUAUAGGCACGCAAAUAAAGGAUGGAGAAAAAUCUGGGACAGUGUCUUCUCAGAAAGAACCAGCUGAGAAGGCUACCAGUGAGGAGAAAUAUUCUAUUUUGAAUAUUGCCACAGAAAUAAAGGAUGGACAACAAUCUGGGACAGUGUCUUCUCAGAAACCACCAGCCUUGAAGGCUACAAGUGACGAGAAAGAUUCUGUUUUGAAUGUAGCCACACAAAUAAAGGAUGGAGAAAAAUCUGGGACAGUGUCUUCUCACAAACCACCAGCCUUGAAGGUUACAAGUGAUGAGAAAGAUUCUGUUUCAAAUAUAGGCACACAAAUAAAGUAUGGAGAAAAAGCUGGGACAGUGUCUCCUCAGAAACAAUCGGCAUGGAAAGGUAUAUUUAAAAAGAAAGUUUCUGUUUUGAAUAUUGCCAGAAGAAUAAUGGGUGGUCGGAAAUCUGGAACAGAGUAUCCUGAGAAUCUGCCCACCUUGAAGGCUACAAUUGAAAAUAAAGAUUCUGUUCUGAAUACAGCCACCAAAAUGAAGGAUGUACAAACAUCCACACCAGUUACAGAUUGUGUUCACCUAUUGAAAAUUAAAAAUACAUCUUGUUUAUGUAAAAGAUCAAUAGAACUUAAGGAUAAUCACUGUGAGCAACUUAGAGUAAAAAUUCAAAAAAUGAAAAAUAAGGCUAGUAUACUACAAAAGAGACUAUCUCAAAAAGAAGAAAUAAAAUCACAGUUAGAGCAUGAAGCACUUGAAUUGGAAAAAGAACUUUGUAGUUUGAGAUUUGCCAUACAGCAAGAAAAAAAGAAAAGAAGAAAUGUUGAAGAGUUGCACCAAAAAGUUAGGGAAAAGUUAAGAAUAACAAAAGAGCAACGUAGGACAGAAGCCUAUGUGACAAAACAAAUUAAACUGGCUCUCGAAUCAACGGAGGUGGAAUUGAAGACAGGAGGAAAUAAUUCAAAUCAGAUUUCUGAAACUGAUGAAAAAGAAGAAGACCUGUUGCAUGAAAACAGCUUGAUGCAAGAUGAAAUUGCCAGGCUCAGGCUGGAAAAAGACACAAUAAAAAACCAAAACCUGGAAAAGAAAUACUUAAAAGACUUUGAAAUUGUGAAAAGAAAGCGUGAAGACCUUCAAAAGACUCUAAAACGGAAUGAAGAAACAUUAGCAAAAACGAUAGCCUGUUAUAGUGGACAGCUUGCUGCUCUGACGGAUGAAAACACAACGCUCCAUUCCAAACUGGAGAAGCAAAGAGAGAGCAGGCAAAGACUGGAAACAGAAAUGCAAUCAUACCGUUGUAGACUGAAUGCUGCUCUAUGUGAUCAUGAUCAAAGUCACUCAUCAGAAAGAGACCAAGAGCUUGCGUUCCAGGGCACAGUAGAUAAAUGGUGUCAUUUACAGGAAAAUUUGAAUUCUUGUGUUCUGAUUCUCUCUCUGCAACUUUCUAAAGCUGAGAGUAAGUCCAGAGUCCUCAAAACUGAGCUGCAUUACACAAGAGAGGCUCUGAAAGAAAAGGCUUUGGUUUUUGAAUACGUGCAAAGUGAGCUAAAGCAAAAACAGAGUCGAAUGAAGGACAUUGAAAAAAUAUACAAAAGUGGAUACAAUACAAUGGAAAAAUGCAUAGAAAAGCAGGAAAGAUUUUGUCAACUAAAAAAACAAAAUAUGUUGCUUCAACAGCAACUGGAUGAUGCUCGCAACAAAGCUGACAAUCAAGAAAAAGCAAUACUUAAUAUUCAAGCCAGAUGUGAUGCUAGAGUACAAAACCUUCAAGCUGAGUGCAGAAACCGCCGUCUUUUACUAGAAGAAGACAGUAAAAUGUUGGUCAAUGAAUUGAAUCAUUGGAAAGGAAAAGACCACCAGUAUGAAAAAGAGAAAGCAGAAAGAGAAGUAGCUGUGAGACAGCUUCAAUGAAAACGAGAUGAUGUCUUAAACAAACAAUCAGCAACAAAAGCUUUGCUGGAUGCUUCAUCGCGUCACUGCAUCUAUUUAGAAAAUGAGAUGCAGGAUUCAAGGAAGAAAUUAGACCAGAUGAGAAGUCAAUUUCAAGAAAUACGGGAUCAACUUACAGCUACUGUAAGAUGUAUCAAGGAGAUGGAAGGCGACGCACAAAAGCUUGAAGUAGAAAAUGCCAUGAUGAGAAAAACGAUUAAAAAACAGGAUGACCAAAUUGAGCGGCUUGAGAAAAUUCUGCAGCAUUCAAGUUUGAUGCGGCAGGUGUUCAAGAGCUAGAUGAAGAUAUGGACAUUUCUGGAAUUACAGAGUCCCCUCUACAUUGAGCACAAGACAGUGAUGAAUCCACAUUCUUCAGCCAGAAAGUCACCUCUGAGAGCCAAAUGUCUGAUGAUAGACAGGAGAGUCAGAGAAUGAUAAUGACAUCUCAGGAAAAUUGUGAAAAUAAUCAGCAACCGCAAGUCUUGCAGGCUGGACUUCUACCUAACCCCCCUACCAGAGCUGUCGAGCCAGUAGCAACUCAGCCACUCCCUGGACAGAGCCUCCAGGGGCAACUGAAAGCCUCUCUGCCACUGCUUCUGCAGUGGAACCGUCCUUGCUACCCUCAGACUGAUGAAGGAGCUAACACCCUUAUCUACACCUUCAACAAGCUUUAAUUGACCCAAGCCCAUCUCCCAUGGGUUCUACACACUCCCCACUGCUCAUAACAGACAGGGAACCCCUGGAUUGGCCCCGACAGCACAAAUUCUCCAUCCUGGGCUGAUUGCAAUGAACAGUUGCUUGACCUGUAUCUCUCCGGGGAUGAAACCCUGAGGAGACAAACAAAAGACCCUUGGCUACAACCACUACUAAUGUCCCUUCCUCUUCUGCCUCAAAGUUAGGGAAGAAACAUAAACACUGAGAUUGCUCCUAGGCUGCAGUGGGCAGCCUAGGAGUGCCAAGCCAUGAUCUACAGCCAGCACUCAAGGGGGAGAGAAGUACAUUUUCAGAUCAUUGAGAGGGAACAUGGCUGCAAACUGUGAGGAAACGUAGGGGAGCCACAUGACCAAGCAAGAGUCUACUAACUGACCAGUAAGCUCAAGUGCCACCUACUGGAUCACAUCCCAAAGCUUCAGCACCAAAAAUACCUUACUAAUAUACUCCCCUCUGAAACCAGAAAUGAGAAGUCAGCUUCAAAUAAAGACCCUGCACAAAGCCUCCCUUUCACAAUUGUUACAAAGAGAAUAAAAUACCUAGGAAUAUAGCUAAGGAGGGGUGUGAAGAACCUCUUCAUGGAGAACUACAAGCCACUGCUCAAGGAAAUAAGAGAGGACACAAACAAAGGAGAAGGCCAGGGCAUUGACCAUGAUCACCAUGAAAGGCGUGAUGCCUGGUGGCUCUGCUGAGAGCAUGCUCUCUGUGUGCCAGUGGCCUCUGUAGGCAGAGGGAGGAAGGCUUGCCCUGGCACCAAGAUCAUUAAAUGCACCAUCACAGGCAUGACAGGGUGAAUCGUGUCAUCUCAUGGGAAGCAUACCUCAGUUCCCCUCACUCUUCUGAGGACAGAUACUGGGUCCGUCCCUGGACCUGGGUUGCUCAGGAGUGGGGCUGGGAUGGGCUCUGGAACCUAGCCCAGCCCUGCAUUCAUCCCCCAGACCGCUCGGCCAGCCACUACCCCAUGUACCAGAAGCAGCAUGUGUUCAACAGCAACCUCCACUGGGACUCCGGGGCCUUCCGCAGACUCAGCCACCUGGUGCGAGAGACUCACCUCAACUUCUCAAGGGGUGCUGCUGGCUGUUGGCUUGGCAACUGUGCUGUUGAUGGGCCUGGACCUCCUGCUGAGUCCCUCCCUGCCCCACGCCUGCUCCAUGCCUGCCCCAUGCAGGCUUGGAAGCCUCAGUGGAGAAGCCUGGGACAGCCUCAAGUGCCUGCUGAGUAUGUGAUCCUCAGGGACAGGGAGCCGCUCCUGUCCCAGACCCUGGAGGACUUCAUCAUCCGCACACUCUACGACAAGCUUGAGGACCAGAACCUGCAUGUUGCAUCCCAGCUGAGCAAGCACAGGAGUGAUGCCCUGGCCUUCUACAGGGCCACUGCCCAGCAGCUCCAGGGACUCCUGGUCAGCCCCCAUCCCCAGACUGCCACCUGGGGAGCAGCCACCCACCCCUUCUGGAUACUGCUGAGCCAAGAAGGACACCCACAGCUAAGAGGGUGACCCUGGUUCUUCCAGGACUUUCUGCAGGGCCUCAGCAGGACUGAGCUGCAAGCUCUGGGCAGGGGUGGAGACCCUGAGACAGAUCCCAAAGCCAUUGCCAGGGCAGACACUGGGCAAAGCCAGGAACUAUGGGGCAGCCACACUGCAGCUUCUCAAAGGGAGUGCCAGCAGCCCCCUCCAGGCUUUCCAGCUGAGACCCUGUAAAUGAGACUAACAAAAGCUAUGUCAACAAGAGAAAAACAAACAGAAGUUUCUAACACAUGCAUUUGGGAGACCCAUGGGGGCACCCAAGGACCCCAGCAGAACCCUGGACCCCCAGGCCUCCCACAGCGUGAUGCUAAAAGAAGUGAUGCCAAGAACCCAGGACCUGCGGAGUGGAUCUUUGAGGCUGGACGCAGGCCUGGAGCCACUCCUGAGCUGCAGGCAGGUGCAUGACUCUGGGACAAGGCCCUCUUCACCUCAGGAGCUCUUGAGGCAGCCUUAUUCCCUGGACAUGCUGUCCCCUCCAUCAACCUUAACAAUUAAGUAUAAAGUUUGAGUACAAAGAUUGAGGAUGACCCCUCAGGAAACAGCCUGCAAACAAAUGGGAUCAGCAUUUCCAAGUGGAAAGUAAAGGUUUACUUACAUAGGCACUGACAGAGAAAUUUUAGCAGGAUUACAUUUUCCAUACAGGGACAGUGCAUACAUUACAGAGAUUUGAUUGGUUCCGGAUCACUACAUUCCAAGGAAGAUUACUUUAUUACUUUGUGAGGAGGGGUGAUAAUCUGAAGGGGAUCUUAUCUCUAGUGCCACGUGGUCUUCCAAAUUAUUUACAGAAAAAUUUAAAAAAGGCAGAAGCUGCAACUACCGUGUGACUCAGGCCAUAUAGCCACACUCCUCUCAAGGCUCAGAAUCAUUUAAAGUUCCAACAGCUUUAAGUUUGAAUGACUUAGUUUCACAUUUCCCCCCUUUUAUCAAGAUCUUUCAAAGAAAGUUUUGUAAAUGAACUCAAACUGUUUUGGCUCCAUUUAUGUUCAGGAACGUAGUUCUGUGUUGAGAGGAAGGCUCAUUCCUAGAGGGUCAUGUCCCACAGCUGGGGAACUGAUCAAGCUAUAAGGCAAAUGGAGUAUAGGCUGUAUUUAAAGCAAUAUGUACCAGGUGAUUUUGCGCCUGAGUCAAGCUACACAGCUGCAUCUUUAAUUAAUGCAAUUCUCUGAG